GUUUCGGCAAAAAAAUAUUGGUGUGUUUUUCGUAACCCGUUACUGUAGCACGUGACCUAGAAUCUAGUCAUAUGACGGUGUUGUUGCUUUUUUUUCUGCGAUUUCUGGAUUGUUCACUUGAAUUUAAUCCUUUUUGUUGUCUAAAUCUUAAACUGGAAGGUUGACUCAAUAGUACGUGAGUAAGAAAGACAAGCCAGUACAGAAGAUGAAGAUUUUUAUUCUGACAUUUCUUAUUGUAGCAGCUCAAGCUAUACGUUUUCAAGUGAAUGCACCAAAAACCAACUCCUCAUGUCUUUUAUUAGAUAUAAAUGGAAGCUUAGAAGUAAAAGCAACAGAUAAUGUGAAGAACAAAACACAGAGCAAAACUGUAGACUUUGCCAAUGCAACAUUGGAUGAAGUCAACUCAACUUGUGAGGUAAUUAAGCUUACUUUUAAUAAGCUUGUGGAAGUUUGGUUCCAAUUCAACAACAUUAGCAACAGUGAAUGGAUAGUCACGCCUGGUGUGCAAUUCAAUGCCAAAAGCUUUUUGGAUCUUGAAAAUGAUACUGUUAGUGCAUUUGCUGCUCCACUGCCUGCCUUCCAGCAGAAUAACUCCUAUUAUUGCAAAGCUAUUGUAUCAUACAAUUUCACUUCUAAAGAAAAGUUCAACUCCACAUAUGAAAUUGUGGCCCAGCUAUCUGGUUUUCAGAUACAGUCUUAUAAGAAUGAUUCAUUUGAACCUGCUUAUGAAUGUGACCAGGAUAAGACUAGCACAACAUCAACAGCCUUAACUAGUACUCCAACUCCUGCCACCACAACUGCUCCUUCCUAUAAAGAUGAUCUGUCCUGCUGGGACAGCAAAACUAAUACAACCAAAUUUCGCCUGGAAGCUACGUUCGCGCUAACCAUCAACUAUGAGGCUAAGGAUGGUAAUAAAACCAAGGCAGCCACUGCUAACAUAGAUGUCCCUUCCAAUGUCACAGCUAAUGUCUCCUGUAGUGAAGACAGAGAAGAGUCCUUGAAAAUUUUGUUCUUACCUGGCUGGGACCUUGAGUACAUAUUCCAGCGCACCAAAGAUAAUAAUACUUACUUUGUGUCCAACAUCAUUCUGACCUACUCUACCAGUGCUUUCAAGGAUGCAGCUGUGAAUGAGACUCUACAAGUUAAUUAUACUUCUGCAAAGAGUAACUACUUGCAAGCAGAGAAACAAAGCUACUACUACAGUUGCAAAUCUAAUACUUCUGUUUCUCUUGGCCAGAAUGUUACCUUGUACACAUCAAAUCUAAGAUACCAAGCCUUCAACGAGAAGGGAAACAUCACAUUUAGUGGUGAUGCCACUGAGUGCUCUGAGGAUGAAGAAACCAACAGUGUAGUGCCAAUAGCUGUUGGUGCUGCUUUGGCUGGACUUGUUGUCAUUGUAUUGAUUGCCUACUUAAUUGGACGUAGGAGAUCUCGCAAAUCUGGAUACGAGUCCGUUUAAUUGAUCCUUUUUUUUUAAACAUAAAUAUUUCGACAAAAACAAAAUGGGUAAAGAUAUUUUUUUGUUUGGUUUCUACCAGCAAAUGGACAAAAAAAAAAGUUAUGGAUCAAUAAAUUUUUUUAGUUUUUGUUUUUUCUAAAAAAAAUGUAAAUUUUGAAUAUGUUUCAGUAGUUUCAUUGUUUAAAACAAAAUGUAUUAAUAGACUUCACACAUUUUCUCUACAAUUUCAGCUAAGAUUUUUAUUAUUUUGUCCUAAACCUACUAAAGCCAUGAUUAGUGAGGGUGUUGACUUAGCAUUUGAGAAUUUUCUCACCACCUUGUGACUGGCUAGAAAUUAUCUGUUGUUGUUUAUGUCUGUGCUUGUUUUAAUGAACAAAGGACAAGGUAAGGACAACAACCUACUCAAAUCUGUAGUGGGAAUACACCUUUUCAAAAAUGUUUUGUAAUUCUCAUUGUAUGACUGUGGAGUGAGACUUUUUUUUUCCUUUUUCUUGUAUCAUGUGCAACAAUUUUGAAGAUUUUACUGUUAAAUUUUGAAAGUGAGAGAGAGUGACUUUUAACUGUUCAGUGUAGGUUUUCCUCAUAAUUUUUGUAGAUAUUCACAAAAUAUGUGUUUGCCCCUUUGUCUUUAUAUUCCAUGUGGCUAGACAGAAAAGUAGUUUGUCUAUCAACCUUUACUUAAUGUUUUGUAAUGAAGGUGUGCCUUGGCAUCCUCACGUGUUUGAAGUCAAAGGGUUACAUUCAAUAGCAUUUUGUUUUGACAGGCGGAUGUUAUAUAUAUAUGAUUGUUACAAUGAGUAACACAUUACAGCUUUUAUGUUUUGAAACUAACAAAAAAAAAUAUGAUUUGAUCAAACACAAACAUGUCCUUUAUAUUUAAAUGGAAAAAUUCAAUUUGAAAUGUUUCUUUUAAAAAAAACAACUUUUCUUUAGAUCUAUCCCAAGAGAUACAUUUUUCAUUUCACUAUGACAUCCUUUCAAAGUUGAAAUUACUUGAUUUAUUCCUUUUGAAAAUUUAGUUCAACAAGUGUUUUAAUAUUAUUUAUAUUUAUUACUGAAAUUUUUAUUUAUCACUUACAAUAUUGAUACUUCCAUUAUGAAGUCUUUGAUGUUUGUAAACUAUUGCAUGAAGCCUGACAAGCAACCCAAGCUGACAAACGUUAUGUUAACUGCCUCAGUAUGCCAUCCAUUUUGUAUGUUGAAAUGUAAUUAGUAUUAAACUGUUUGAUGCGAAAUGUUUGUGUGAGCAUGCUAAUGAUGUUCCUGUUAUUCAUGGGAUUCAAUGCAAAAAUUUAAGUGCUUUUUUUUUUUCCCCUUCCUCACAUUUUCUUUCAUUCAUCUUGUCUUUUUAUCAAAUGUGUUUUUUUCAAACUCUUAGAAGAAUUGACUUGUUAAUGUUAACAUAAUUAAAAUAUCAACUUGUGAAUAAUGAUUGUAAUUUUCUUUCUUUUUAAGUUUUCAACCAUUUUUUUUUUUUAAUGAAUUGUAUUCAGGAAUGUUCAUUGGUUGAAACUGAUCAAACCAAUACUAGUCAAACCCAAUUAGAUUGAUGAACAGCAGCCCAGAGUGGUUUUUUUUCUAACUAACUUUGAUUUUAAAGCUGUUCUGUAUAGGUCUUAGUCUUUAGGUAUCUCUCCCUCCCCCCCCCCCCCCAUUAUGGUGUAAACGUCAAACCCAUACCAGUAGUUAAUUCUUAGCUGUAAGUUACAUAUGGGUAUCAAUUUUGACUAGGAUUGUAAACAUUCCUUAUAAUGGAGAUAAUACACAUUUUUUUGUAUGAAUAUACAAAAAAAAAGUUGCGUAUAUAAAGUACAUAAUAAACUUUAAAAAAGUGACUUUUCCUGCUUCAGUGUAUAGAUGCUAUAACAACAUGCACAAAAGCUGCCAUGAUCUAUUCACUUGUUCUUGUGAUAAAGUAGCUAGACUUUUUUGUAUUUAGUUAUAGCCAAACUUGAAUUCUGUUCUGCUUUUGUUUCGUUCAAAUAAUUACACUCAUACUAAUGAUUGCUUUUUGUUUUGUGCUAUAACAAAGUUAAAUCUUCUUGUUAGACUUGAGUUCAAUAAAUAUUGUUCAUUUUAAAAGUU